AUGACAGAGAAGGAAGUGCCAGAGCCACCAGCUUCACCUGCUUCAGGUGGGAAACCCAAAAGCAGGCUACAGAAGCUGAAGCAACUUUUCCAGCGAAAGCCCAAGGAGGAGACAGCGCCAGAGCCGCAGCCCAAUGGGGAGCUGGUCAGCCCCUCGGGGGGGCCCAUCUACUACAUCUACGAGGAGGAGGAAGAGGAGGAAGAGGAGGAGGAGCCUGAGCCCCCUCCUGAGCCCCAGAAACUUGUCAAUGACAAACCCCACAAGUUCAAAGAUCACUACUUCAAAAAGCCCAAGUUCUGUGACGUUUGUGCCCGCAUGAUUGUCCUCAACAACAAAUUUGGCCUGAGGUGCAAGAACUGCAAAACCAACAUCCACCACCACUGCCAGUCCUACGUGGAGAUGCAGCGUUGCUUCGGCAAAAUUCCACCAGGGUUUCGCCGGGCAUACAGCUCACCCCUCUACAGUGACCAGCAAUAUGCCUGCGUCAAGGAGCUGCUCUCGGCAGCCAACAGGAGCGACCCUGUGUUCGAGACCCUGCGGACAGGUGUCAUCAUGGCCAACAAGGAGCGCAAGAAAGGACAGGACGACAAGAAAAACCCUUUGGCUGCUAUGAUGGAUGAGGAACCAGAGGCCACAAAGCCAGAAGGGGGCAAAACUGAAGGUGGUACCUCUGAAGGGGACAAGAAGACUGAGAAGAGCCCAACAGAUGACAAGAACAAGAAGCCACAGCCAGGGAUUCGUGGUGGCUAUCUGCAGUCUCACUAUUUUGUGGCACUUUAUCGCUUCAAAGCCCUGGAGAAAGAUGACCUGGAUUUCCCGCCAGGGGAGAAGAUCACGGUGGUCGAUGACUCCAAUGAGGAGUGGUGGCGGGGGAAGAUUGGUGAAAAAAUUGGCUACUUCCCUCCAAACUUCAUUAUCCGGGUGCGGGCAGGCGAGCGGGUGCACAAGGUGACGCGCUCCUUUGUGGGCAACCGGGAGAUCGGGCAGAUCACGCUCAAGAAGGAUCAGAUUGUGGUACAGAAAGGUGAGGAGGUGAAUGGUUACGUCAAAGUCUACACCGGCCGCAAAGUGGGGCUCUUCCCUGUGGACUUCCUGCAGGAGAUCUGA